ACCCUUCCCCUCUCAUCCUAGUCACAAGCCCCUCUUCUUCCCCUCUCAUCCUAGUCACAAGCCCCUCUUCUUUUGCCCUGAACGUUGGGUUUAAUUUAAUGUUAUUACUGUACAAAAACUGGACUUAAUAAAAUACUGUUUGUAAUAAAAUGAAAAUCACAUUUGCGCUGUACAGACUUUCAGACCUAUGAUGAGCAGAGACUCUUUUUCUACUGCUGAUUUUCUCGAUUUGGUUUCCUAGCAACCUGGUCUCCCAAACUAUGUAAAAGUAUUGAUUUCUGAAAGGUACAGUAUGGGGUGUAGGUCAUGAGCACCAAUGAGCCUUUGUGUAUAUAUAUUUUUUUUUAACUGGGGAUAUUGCAACAUAACAUCUUGAUUGCUGUGAACACCAACACAUUCACAUGAACACAUGCACAAAACGUGAGAAGGCUUAUUACUGUGGUCAGAAAAUGAAUUCAUUUUGCCUCAUAUUAAAGAAUUACACAAGAUUUCACAAGUUCACUUAUUUUUCUCUAAAGGUAGAGAUUUGGGGGAGGGGGAAAAACAAGUGGCAAUAUAUCUUGAGACUUAUUUUAUAAAAAAAACAAGGAAAGCUUGUAUUUUAUAUAUAGAUAUUAUUUAAUUUUAUUUUUUGAAAAUAAAACUUGAAGCUACAGGAAUUAAUAGAUUAAACUUUUUUUGUAUUGAAGAUGUAAUGGUGAUGUAAAAUGACACUGCGGUCAUUCAUAGCCCUCUUUGGGGCUGUUUGAGUAUAUCAUGCCAUUUUGAUGAAAUGUACACUUGUAUACAUACUGAAUCACUGUACAAACCAUGGCAACUGAACAACUUUUGUUUUGCUUUUUUUCUGCCUAAAGAAACUGGAAUUAAGACUGUGUUUAGUGUUCAAAUGGAAUCUUUGACCACUUUUCUGUUAAAAUACUUUGGUGCUUGAUGAGAGGAAGCAAAAAAUAAAUAACUGUUGCUCCAUUUUCAUUAAUUUCUUAUUUAAGUUAUUUUGGUCUUUUUUUUGCCAAUUUAAUUGUACAAUAAAGUAUGUUUGUACCAUUGGAAAAAUA